AUGCAGCUAGAAGGAAACUCCGUUCGCCAACUCGCCAGAAGCCUGCUGGAGCGGCUGGUAGACGCUCAUGAUCCCCGCUACGGCUUUGGGACAAUGACCUGCGCCAUCUACGACACCGCUUGGCUAUCCAUGAUACCCAGGACAGAGCAAGGUUUGACCGAGUGGCUCUUCCCCAAAUGCUUCUUCUUUUUACUGGACAAGCAGCAGCCGGAUGGAGGAUGGGAGGCAACGGCUUCGCCCAUUGAUGGCAUUUUGAACACCGCCGCCGGGUUAUUGUCCCUAUGCAAGCACCGCGAAACACUGUACCAAAUCAGCAUGUCCGAGCACGAUCUGAAUGAGCGGAUCUCAUUGGGGCGCAAGGCCUUGCUGGCCUUGCUUCGUGAAUGGGAAAUCUAUGAAACGCUGCAUGUUGGGUUCGAGAUCCUGGUCCCUGCUCUUCUGGACUCGCUCGAGGCGUACGACAUGGAAUUUCAGUUCCGCGGCCGGGAGGCUCUGUACAAUAUCAGGGACGUCAAACUGUCAAUGAUCGACCUCCAGAGCCUUGAAGAUAGAACCAAGCCCUCGCACUCUAUUCUGCAUUGUCUUGAGGCUCUGUACGGACAUAUAAAUUUCGACAAGCUUGCUCACCACAAGGUUUGUGGUAGCCUGAUGGCAUCUCCCUCGGCCACAGCCGCAUAUCUCAUCCAUACUUCAAGCUGGGAUGGGGAGUCUGAGGCCUAUCUGCGUCAUGUACUUGAGCAUGGGGAGGGAAGGGGCGAUGGCAGUGUCCCCAGCGCUUUUCCAUCCACUAUUUUCGAGCUAACUUGGGUACUAUCGACCUUGGCAGCAGCAGGGUUGUCCGAGAUUCAACUACGGGGGGAAGCACUCACUAGGGCGUUGAACAUGAUUAAGGAUGAGUUUCAUGCUCAGCUUGGCUUGAUGGGUUUUGCUCCUCAAAUUCAGCCGGACGCGGAUGACACUGCGAAGGGGAUCACCUGUUUAAACAUGCUGGGGGUGCCCGCAUCGGCAUCGGGGCUUGUGAAAAGCUUCGGGCAAGGCAAAUGGUUCAAGACUUACUCGGAAGAGCGAAACUCUAGCAUCAGCACAAAUUGCAAUGCUCUGGUGGCUCUACUUUCGGAUAAUAUCCAUAUCCAGUUUUAUAGUCCUGUUAUAGCGAAAGUCACGCGACAUCUCUGUGAGACAUGGUUUCAGUCAAUUAGUAUUCAGGAUAAAUGGAAUAUUUCUUCAUACUACACCAUCAUGCUGCUCGCACAGGCAUUAUCGCGGGUUUCUGAGAGGUGGAGGUGCGGGGAGCUCUCGUCUCCUGACGAUCACGAACUCUACGAGGAACAGGCCCCUCUCGUGCUCUUUCAGAUUCUUAUACAUAUCCUCCAGGGGCAAGACACUGGGGGCUCAUGGGACGGUUCCAUGGAGGUGACCGCAUAUUCUAUUCUAGCCAUUGAAGCUUUCAAAGGCACGGCACAUGCACAACUGUUGGACAAGCAGAUCCAUGAUGCACUGCGUGGAGGAAGGUCAUUCCUGGUUCGACGAUUCAGGGUGCAACAGCACCCAGAAAUGCUCUGGAUUGAAAAGGUUACCUACGGGUCCAGUGCUAUCUCGGAAGCAUAUGUCCUUGCUGCUUUACACUCCUCCUCUAUGGUGUACUACCGAGCCACCACGCCCGAACCCCCGCAACUUGGGGCAAUGCCCUAG